AUGGUGAGGAGAGAAGCUAGUAAAGUAACAAGCGAGACCACAGAUGGUGGGAGUGUGCACGAGACCAGAGAUGGUGAGUGUGUGCUCGAGGUCAGAGAUGGUGGGAGUGUGCACGAGACCAGAGAUGGUGAGUGUGUGCACGAGGCCAGAGAUGGUGGGAGUGUGCACGAGGCCAGAGAUGGUGGGAGUGUGCACGAGACCAGAGAUGGUGAGUGUGUACAAGAGGCCAGAGAUGGUGGGAGUGUGCACGAGACCAGAGAUGGUGGGAGUGUGCACGAGGCCAGAGAUGGGGAGUGUGUGCACGAGGCCAGAGAUGGACCCUACAUCAAUGAAACAGUAAACAGUAUAUCUUGA